AAACUCCUAUAUAUUUGUGUAUAUAUAUCAUGCAAGAUUAAAGAGUGACAAAAACACACUAUAGAGAGAGAGAGAUGGAAUGGAGAAAGAGUUAUCUGGAUGUGAUCCUGGUGCCACUGGCGUUUAUGAUAUGCAUGGGAUAUCACCUAUGGCUUUGGCAUAAGGUUCGAACCCAACCUCUCUCGACCAUCAUCGGCACCAAUGCUCGCGGCCGCAGAUUUUGGGUCGCCGCCAUCAUGAAGGACAACGAGAAGAAAAACAUCCUAGCCGUCCAGACGAUACGGAACACGAUCAUGGGAUCCACAUUAAUGGCGACGACGUCGAUCCUCCUCUGCUCGGGGCUGGCGGCCGUGAUCAGCAGCACCUACAGCAUCAAGAAGCCGCUCAACGACACCGUGUACGGGGCCCACGGCGAGUUCAUGGUGGCGCUCAAGUACGUGACGCUCCUCCUCAUCUUCCUCUUCUCCUUCAUCUGCCACUCCCUCUCCAUCCGCUUCAACAACCAAGUCAACAUCCUCAUCAACUGCCCCCUCGUUUGCAGUGAAUCGUUCAUAAUCUUUUUAGAAAAAUCAUCAGAAAGCCUAAAUUGGACAAUCUUAAAGUAUAUGACAAAGUAG